UCAACUUCUACUUCAUCUUCACUUACCAUCACCACACUCGCACCAUCCCAUAAGUUUCUAACCCUAAUCUCUCACAGAGAAGAGACUGAGAGAGAGAAACGAUGAAGCCUCUUCUCCUUCUUUUAUUCCUCCUCCACAUUUCUCAUUCCUUCACCACCGGCCGACCAAUCUCCGAGUUCCGUGCCCUUCUCUCCCUCAAAUCCUCUCUCACCGGAGACGCCCCAGACUCCCCUCUCCCCUCAUGGAAACCAACAACCAGCUUCUGCACAUGGACCGGCGUCACGUGCGACGUCUCUCGCCGCCACGUGACCUCUCUCGACCUCUCGAGCCUCAACCUCUCCGGCACUCUCUCCCCUGACGUCUCCCAUCUCCGCCUCCUCCAGAACCUCUCCUUAGCCGACAACCAGAUCUCCGGCCCUAUCCCCCCGGAGAUCUCGAAUCUCUCCGGCCUCCGUCACCUCAACCUCUCCAACAACGUCUUCAACGGCUCCUUCCCCGACGAGAUUUCCUCCGGCCUCGCCAACCUCCGCGUCCUCGACGUCUACAACAACAACAUGACCGGAAACCUCCCGCUCUCCGUCACCAACCUGACUCAGCUCCGCCAUCUUCACCUCGGCGGAAACUAUUUCGCCGGCGAGAUCCCUCCUUCUUACGGAACCUGGCCGGAGAUCGAGUACUUAGCGGUCUCCGGCAACGAGCUCACCGGAAAAAUCCCUCCGGAGCUCGGAAACCUAACCACUCUCCGCGAGCUCUACAUCGGCUACUUCAACGCUUUCGUAGACGGUCUCCCCCCGGAGAUCGGAAACCUAUCGGAGCUCGUCCGUUUCGACGCGGCUAACUGCGGUUUAACCGGAGAAAUCCCGCCGGAGAUCGGAAGGCUCCAGAAGCUCGACACGCUCUUCCUGCAAGUGAACGUCUUCUCCGGAGCCCUCACCUGGGAGCUUGGGAGCCUCUCGAGCUUGAAAUCGAUGGAUCUGUCUAACAACAUGUUCACCGGAGAGAUCCCGACGAGCUUCUCCGACCUAAAGAACCUCACGCUUCUGAACCUCUUCAGAAACAAACUCCACGGCGAGAUACCGGAGUUCGUCGGAGAGCUGCCGGACCUGGAAGUGCUGCAGCUCUGGGAGAACAACUUCACCGGAAGCAUACCGGAGAAGCUCGGGGAGAACGGUAGGUUACGGCUCGUGGAUCUCUCCUCCAACAAACUCACUGGGACUUUGCCGCCGAGAUUAUGCGCGGGUAACAGGCUGGAGACUCUAAUCACUCUGGGGAACUUUCUGUUCGGAUCGAUCCCUGAGUCUCUGGGGAAAUGCGAGUCUCUGACCCGGAUCCGAAUGGGUGAGAAUUUCUUAAACGGAUCCAUCCCUAAAGGACUUUUCGGAUUACCGAAACUAACUCAAGUGGAGCUUCAAGAUAAUUACUUAACCGGGGAGUUACCGGUAACCGGGAAGGUCUCGGUUAAUCUCGGUCAGUUGAGUUUAUCAAACAACCAGCUCUCCGGUCCGUUACCUCCGGCGAUCGGAAACUUCACCGGCGUUCAGAAGCUUCUUCUCGACGGGAACAAGUUCGAAGGUCCGAUUCCUUCGGAGGUAGGGAGGCUCCAGCAGCUCUCCAAGAUCGAUUUCAGCCACAACUUGUUCUCCGGUCGGAUCGCUCCGGAGAUCAGCCGUUGCAAGCUCUUGACUUUCGUCGAUCUGAGCCGCAACGAGCUCUCCGGAGAGAUCCCGAAGGAGAUCACCGGUAUGAGGAUAUUAAACUACUUGAACCUGUCGAGAAACCAUCUCGUCGGGACCAUCCCUGGCUCCAUCUCGUCGAUGCAGAGCUUAACCUCGCUUGAUUUCUCUUACAACAACCUCUCCGGUUUAGUUCCGGGGACCGGACAGUUCAGUUACUUUAACUACACGUCUUUCUUGGCGAACCCUGACCUCUGUGGUCCUUACCUCGGUCCUUGUAAAGACGGUGUCGCUCACCAGAGUCAUGGUAAAGGACCUUUAUCCGCUUCCAUGAAGCUACUGCUCGUUCUUGGACUGCUCGUUUGUUCCAUCGCGUUCGCGGUCGCGGCUAUAAUCAAAGCGAGGUCGUUGAAGAAGGCGAGCGAGUCGCGAGCGUGGAAGCUAACGGCUUUCCAGAGACUAGACUUCACGUGCGACGACGUUUUGGAUUCUCUCAAAGAAGACAACAUCAUAGGCAAAGGAGGAGCCGGGAUCGUCUACAAAGGCGUCAUGCCUAACGGCGACCAAGUCGCGGUGAAAAGACUCGCGGCGAUGUCGCGCGGAUCUUCCCACGACCACGGGUUCAACGCGGAGAUUCAGACCUUGGGGAGGAUUAGGCACAGGCACAUCGUGAGGCUGCUCGGUUUCUGCUCUAACCACGAGACGAAUCUGCUUGUCUAUGAGUACAUGCCUAACGGUAGUCUCGGCGAGGUGCUGCACGGGAAGAAAGGAGGACACUUGCAUUGGGACACGCGUUACAAGAUUGCUCUCGAAGCUGCGAAAGGACUCUGUUAUCUCCAUCACGAUUGUUCUCCGCUGAUUGUUCAUAGAGAUGUUAAGUCGAACAACAUCCUCCUCGAUUCCAGCUUCGAAGCUCAUGUCGCUGACUUUGGUCUCGCCAAGUUCUUACAAGACUCCGGUACUUCUGAAUGCAUGUCUGCCAUCGCUGGAUCUUACGGCUACAUAGCACCAGAGUAUGCGUAUACGUUGAAGGUAGAUGAGAAGAGCGACGUGUACAGUUUCGGUGUGGUUCUUUUAGAACUAGUCACCGGGAGAAAACCCGUCGGUGAGUUCGGCGACGGUGUCGAUAUCGUGCAGUGGGUUCGUAAAAUGACUGAUUCGAACAAGGACUCUGUUCUCAAAGUGUUGGAUCCGAGGCUUUCUUCGAUUCCUAUCCACGAAGUGACGCACGUUUUCUACGUUGCUAUGCUCUGUGUCGAAGAGCAAGCCGUUGAGAGACCUACGAUGAGAGAAGUCGUUCAGAUUCUCACUGAGGUGCCGAAGAUGCCACCGUCCAAGGAUCAGCCUGCGACGGAAUCAGCCGGAGAGGAGAAGACAACGACGCUGGAGGGUGGUCAAGGUCAGCCGGAUCUACUCGAUCUCUAGUGGUAAAAAUUAGGGUUGGUUCCGGUGAGAGAAGAUGGUAUUAGCGAUGAGAUUUGGUUGUUAAUCACUUAUUUUCCCAUGUUUAGUCCGGUUUGUGCUUUUGUCCGGUUAAGUGGUAUUUUUAUUUUGACUCCUUUGAUUUUAAGUGUGUUUCAUUUUACUCGGCUUUCGCAUUUAUCGUAAUUUGGUUCAGUUUAGUUUGGAGUAGUUUGUAUGAAUCAAGGUGUACAGUUGGGUUUAAUUUAAAAGUUUUGUCUUGAAAUACGUGAA